AUGCUAACAGAACUAACGGAAAUCCAAACGGAAACAUCAACAGGAACAACGGUAAUAGCAUUAACAGAACACCAGCGAUUACAAAUAUCAACGGUACAAAGCGGCUAUCUGGCACCGUCACAAACCGGAAAUGACGUCACCCAGGGGAGAGAAAUCUCGGAAAACGACAUUCUCUCCAACAACGGAUUCUCCUUCUUCGAAUUCAUGAAGAUCAGUCCCAAGACCACGACCGCACCGACAGCGAGUGCCAGGACGACCGCAGCCUCUCAGAGAACGACUAAUGCUCGAGUGGCGUUCACCUCCCCUCGCAUCACGACGAGGUCCCCAACUACGACCGUAACCGCUGCCACUACAGCCACUACCACACAACUACCUAUUACGAGACCUCCUACCACAACCACUACGACAACCACGACACAGAGACCGUUUAAUAGACCUCCUAGCACCACGACUACAACUACCACGACACAAAAACCGUUUACGAGAUUAACCACUACAGCUAGAACUACCACUACGCGGAGACCAGGAUUCCGGUUCCCCACAAGCAAACUUUCACAGGCAUCUACUACUGCCUCGCCUGGCUUUCGGUUCACUACUGUUAAAACACCAGUGAUACAGUUCUCCACAACGAACUCUAGGGGCUUUAGGUUCCCAACGACUAGGGCCACGACACGAAGAAUAAUACGCAACAGAUUAACUACGCAGCCAACAACCAGAACUACGAAACCUCAGAGAACAACAAAUGCGUUCUUCAUUGAUAGUUCGACGGCCACGACUUCGUCCCCAAGUCAGGCCCCGGCGAUUCCAGAAGGUCGCCGAUCGUCAGCGGAAAAUAGCCUUGCCGGUUCGACCACUGCGUCUCCCGUAGCCACGACUACAGAGCACGAAUACGACCGUGAAGCUGGGCCGGCCUAUAUCCCAGUCCCAGCUCUUACUUCUUUAGUGGUCGACGCGCCGUUACCAGGAGGGGAUUCUGUGGCACUCUCCCUCCCUUCGCAGACGACUUCAACCUCUGCCACUCCUGCCACGCCUGCUGUGGCGCCCACGACGCCUCAGGCCGUCGCCAGUGCCAGCCGUUACUACAGACGCGGCAGACUUCUUCAGAUUAUUUGGGAUAAAUAG